CUGUUCGGCUCUGGAUCCCUCUGCGCGGGCUGAGUGCUGGUCAGGAGGAGGCUUCGUUUUGCUCUCUUCGCAAGCGGAGACUGGAAGCCGGUCCCGGAGGAAUAUGGGGCGCGCGUGGAUCCUGCUUACCUUGGGCUUGGUGGCCUGCGUAUCGGCGGAGUCGAGAGCAGAGCUGACAUCUGAUAAAGACAUGUACCUUGACAACAGUUCCAUUGAAGACGCAUCAGGAGUGUACCCCAUUGAUGACGAUGACUAUGCUUCUGCCUCCGGCUCGGGAGCUGAUGAGGACAUAGAGAGUCCAGAACUGACAACAUCUCGACCACUGCUUCCAAAGGUAGCAUUCACUAGUGUUACUCCCAAAGUGGAAACUACGACGCUGAAGACACACAAGAUGCCUGCCCAGACGAAGUCACCUGAAGAAAUUGAUAAAGGGGAAGUUCACCUCUCUGACACAGAAAAGAAAAUAAACCCAGCUGAAGAGAAUAAAAACGUGUAUACUGAGAAACACUCAGACAAUCUGUUUAAACGCACAGAAGUCCUAGCAGCUGUCAUCGCUGGUGGAGUUAUUGGCUUCCUCUUUGCGAUUUUCCUCAUCCUGCUGUUGGUGUACCGCAUGAGAAAGAAGGAUGAAGGGAGCUACGACCUUGGGGAGCGCAAACCAUCCAGUGCUGCUUACCAGAAGGCACCUACUAAGGAGUUUUAUGCGUAAAACUCCCACUUAGUGUCUCUAUUUAUGAGAUCACUGAACUUUUCAAAAUAAAGCUUUUGCAUAGAAUAAUGAAGAUCUUUUUUUUUUCCUUCAUUAAAGAGCCACCCUGGCACUUUAAUGAUAAAAUCCCAUUGUAUUUAAAACUUCAUGUAUUUCUUUAGAAAGACAUAAAAUUAAAAUUUAACAUCUGCAGUGUUCUGUGAAUAGCAGUGGCAAAAUAUUAUGUUAUAAAAACCCUUGAUGUUCAUGGAAUUAGUUUAAACUUUUUAUGAGAAAAUAUGAUUGUUUUUGUCCUAUGGUUCAAAGAUGAGAGCUAUGUCAUUUGUGUAAGCAUGUCUCAGAUGGACCUUACCAAGUUGGUCUUACUUUGUUAAUUUAUCUGUUGUCCCCUCUGCUCUGCCUUCCCUUCUUGUCCCCUUAAAAACCAAACUGAACCCCAUGCCUUUUUGUAGCUGUCAUGGUGCAAUUUGUCUUUGGAUGAUUCACAUAAUGGUAAUUUAGUGUAUAUGUGAUUUUCAGAUAUGUAAACUUUAACCUCCACUUUGUAAAUUUUUAAAUGUCAGACUAUCCAUUUUACACUUGCUUUACUUCUCAUUACCUGUAGCUUCAGGCAGAUGUAUAACAGCAAAUCUAUGUGUAAAAUUGGAUUAUUAAUAGAAAAUGUUUAGUCCUAUCUAUCUAAUCAGAUCUUCUUUUGAGAGGAUUUGAUGUAAGUUACUGACAAGCCUCAGCAAACCCAAAGAUGCUAACAGUAUUUUGAAAAGUUGCUGCAGAUUCCUUUGGCCACUGUAUUUGUUAAUUUCUUGCAAUUUGAAAGUACAAGGAGGGAUUUAAAGAAAAAAAUCAGUUUUCAUUUUUAAAAAUGCAUUUAAGUUGUAAACAUCUUUUUAAGCCUUUGAAGUGCCUAUGAUUCUAUGUAACUCGUCACAGACUGAUGUUAAUGAGUAUAUAUAACAGUAUAAAAAAGUUGGUAUUUUAUAAGCACAGACAAUUCUAAUGGUAACUUUUGUAGUCUUAUGAAUAGACAUAAAUUGUAAUUUGGGAACAUAAAAACUACUGAAUAAAUCAUGUGGCCUAAUAUUGAAAAUGUCACUGUUAUAAAUUUUGUACAUUUUCGAUCAAAUGUACAUCUCCCCUUUGCUAAUGACUGUCUGCUCUCAAGAAUGCCAGGGGUUCGAUUUUGAGUGUUCCACGGUGUCUGUAAAUCAAGACCAAAGAGCCCAUCCGUGGAGCUGUUUAGUAUCAGAUUCACUUCUCUGUUGGCCAGAGCAGCCUGAGUGUAUUGUCCUGUGUGUGUCUUGGUACAGAUCCUGGAAGGUUGCCAGGGAAUUUGGAAGUUUGCAACCUUUGUGGGAUAGCUGAUGGCAGUAUUACAGAGAGAUGCCUGCUUUUGCAAAUAACUUCUGAGACUGUAAAUUCCAAAGAACUAAAGAGGGGUUUCCGGAAGUAGCUAUCUCAGGCUUAGUCUUGUAAAUCGAUUUAUCUUUCCUAGUGUGCUGUGUGUUAAAAUGAGGGUCCUGCUGCUUCGGAUCAAAAUAGCUGGAGAGAGUGAUGCCGGAGGAGGAGAUGAGUGUACCCUGGCUGGGUACUUCCUGUACUGAACGUUUCCUUUUUACAUUAAUUUUGUUUUAAACUGUGAGCCGUGGAAGUAGGGAAAAGAUAACAAAAACAGCAACUUUUUCAACAUACAAGCUUUAAAGAAAGUUGGAAUGCUUCAUUUAGAAAACAUUUGCUGGAAUUGCCACCAAACUCAUUUUUAAGAAAAGUUUU